CUCGACCUCUUCCUCCCCCUGCUCUUCUCUUCCAUUUACGUUACAUAGCUUGCUAGACAUGGCCGAUAAGCUACGUGCUCAACUAGAUCUCGAACAGCUGCACCAACGCCAUGUUGGCACACUACACCCCGACUCAACGAAGUACGAAUGGCUGAGCAACAUGCACCGCGAUUCUAGUACCAGCAUGCUUGGCCAUCCUGCGCUCUUGAGCUAUAUGGCCAUCGCUCGCAAUGUUCCACGCGUAUUGGCAAAGACGGAUCUGAUUGAAGGCAUGAUUCGGCCGUGUGGGCCGCCGCCGUUCAAAGAAGAAGCUUGAGUUUACACAAGGAGACAGCGUGCGCAUCAACGAAGAGGAUUAAAUUGAGAAAAAGCAUUAAAGACGCCUAAAGAAGAUCUCGCUCGCCAUGCGCAGCAGGCUUACUAGGUUCCUCCUCAUUCGAGUGAACCUCAAAAUGACUCUCAUCUGCGUU